AAAAUUUAAUAUACUAUAUCGUGCUUUAUUGCCUCAUAAUAAGCACGAUAUUUUAUUGAAUUUAUAAUUUUUUUAAAAAAUUGUGUUACUAUUUGAGUGUAUGACAAUAUGAUGCAGAAGCAAGAUUGUGUACCAUAUUUGUUAGCAUCAUAAACCCGGGAAGGGGAUGAAAGUGGAUUUCGUUAGUUUAAAUGGGAUUCUUUUCAAUUUCCUUUGUUUAUGUAUAAUUUCGUUCAAAUUUAGCAAUUUUAAUGUAUUGUAUAUUUUAUAAGAUAAUGUGUGGGUCCUGUUGAAACACCUGUAGAAUUUUUUAAAAUUGAAGUAACCUAUCUCGGCUCUGCAAAUCAACUUUGCACCAGGACUUACAUUUAUUCAGGCUGGCCUUGUUUAUAUAUUGAGGACAGUGCACCUUGCAGUUGCAGAAAAUGUUCCUUCAGUUUUAGUCUAUGAUUGCUUCUCAUUCUUCGCAACAGACAUCUGAAUUAUUAAUAAUAGUUUCCUGAAAUGUUACCUCCCUGAACACUCAAACCAAAAAAUGUUUCGCAUCCUGUUCUCAUUCUUCAUUUGAUUGUACGAUUUCUACCAUUCUUUCUAACCGGUGUUGAUAUUUCUUUGAGGAGCAAGAUGGAAUUCAAUUUUAUGCCAACUUUAACGCACAUGACAUGUGUGAAAAUUGCUACGUAUCUUCUAGAGGAUAGAGAUAUAUCGGAGUUGCUGGAUAAGGAUACAGUGAUCCCUUAUCAGUUCAAUUUUUUCGAUCGUUGCAGAUAUGAACUAUGGAAACUUAUAGAGCAGCAGGCAAUGCUGAAAUUGAGUUUUCUUCCAACUCCGCUUUCGUUAAAAGUGGCCAAAACAAUCCAACCGAUGCAUUUUCAGAUUAUGAUGUGGUUAAUGGAUCACGAUCUUAUGCCCCGGAGGAAAGGUUUUUGUAUUAAUUACAGGAGAAUACUCUGCUGGAAAAUCAAUGGGACGAUUGACAGAAAAGAGACAGCCAAGAGAUAUGUUCAAAAUAGGAGUAUUGACAGCAGAGAUCGCUUCAUAAUGGCCUGCAAUUACUUUAUGAUCGACGACAUCUUGUGUCUGUGGGGCGUCAUUCAAGCAGUUGGAGUAAAGAGUACAUCCAAGAGGGGAGUUAAUUCAGCAGUAAGACUAUGGAUGGAUGCGCUUAAGGAUGGGAAGACCACCCCUACGGGUCAUAUGAUCGAAGAAUAUUUCAGUGUUGAAUGUUUAAGAGAUUCAGACAUACCCUUGAGAUUAAGUCCUUAUUUUCGUUACCUAAAACCGAUGUGCAGGCAGGAUUAUUUACACAUUCUCGCCUUUGGCCAGUUGCAUAAAGAUGAUUUUCAAAUGUGCAUGUGCCAAAUGGACGAAAAAGAAUGCGCAAAAUUGUUCAAGAUAAUACCGGCAGAAGCGCUCACCCGUUAUCUGGAAUGGCCAUUCCAGUUUCUUUUCAUGGAAAUGGUGACCAAGAUAUCGAGUAACUUGUCGCCGCAAGAUUACGUGAAAAUCUUGGAUUACAUAGUGAAAUUUGUGAUUCUGAAUGGAGAUAUUUAUGCGGAAAUUUUUAAAGAAUUCUGGAGCAUUAUUCCUGAUUCUCAAAAAGAAAGAAUAAAAGGCGCGAGAAAGUAUAAGGCCUAUGAAGUGAUCCUGGAUUAUAAGAAAAAUCAGUUACCAUCUCUUCAAGAGGAAGUGGCGAAAUAUUAUUUCAUUUAAUAUUAUGCAUAUAACUUUGCUGACUUUUUGUUUUGAAACUUUACUAGCUUAGAUUUCUUAAUCUAAGCCCUAGUCUACGAUCCGAUCUCUUCGGGUCUGAAGAUUCGAUAAUAAUGUGUAAAUAUAUAUAUAUAUAUAUGUGUUUAAUUUAUCUUUUAUGGCUUUACAUUUAGAAACUUCUCAAUCGAAGCCCUAGUAUGAGAGCCGGUCUUUUUGGGUCUGAAGACUCGAUAAUAAUAUGUAAAUAUUUAUAUGUGUAUAAUUUAUUUUCUGGCUUUACAUUGAGAAACUUCUAAAUUGAAGCCCUAGUCUGAGGGCUGAAGACUCGAAAAUCAAUUUUAUCAAUUUAUUCAUUUAAUAAAAUGAAAUGUGUUUUACAAUAAAUGUAGUUAAUGUUAUGUAUGUGUAUGUUAUUUUAAUCACUUGCCAUGAUUUUGAAUUGAAAAUACUUGAUGGUUUUUAAGUUGUUGGAGUAAUGCCUUAAGUAGGCAUUAUCAUGUUGAAAAAUUUACAAAAUGUUUAUUGUUCAUUUUUGUUGACUUUUUAUUUAGAAACAAGCUCUAGUCUACGAGCCGAUCUCAUCGAAUCUGAAGAUUCGAUAAUAAUAUGUAAAUAUUUAUAUGUGUAUAAUUUAUGUCUUCUGGCUUUACAUUUAUAAACUUGUAAAUCGAAGCCCUAGUCUGAAAGCCGGUCUUUUCGGAUCUAAAGACUCGAAAAUCAAUUUUAUCAUAUUAUUCAUUUAAUAAAAUGAAAUGAGUUUUACAAUAAAUGUAGUUAAUGUUAUAUAUGUGUAUGUUAUUUUAAUCACUUGCCAUGAUUUUGAAUUGAAGCUAUUCGACAGUUUUUAAGUUUUUGGAGUAAUGCCUUACCUAGGCAUUAUCUUGUAGAAGAAUUUACAAAUGUGUAUUGUACAUUUCUUCACUGGGCAGAACAUUUUUCAAAUAAACAAA